AUGUUUAAAGACUGUUCGGUGGGAGAUCGGUUGGAAGGAGGCGGUUCAUGGCUGUGGAGAUACGAGUCGGUCUUGGUCGAGGAGCUUCAGGAAAUGGCUAAUAUGUUGGCUUUAUUAUCUUCGGUUACUCUCGGUGAAGGCAGAGACAAAUGGAGGUGGCUGGGUGAUUCCGCGGGGCAGUUUUCGGUGAGGUCAGUCAAAGAUUUACUCAUUCAGGGCAGUAGCGACCCGGAGUGUUUCGUGAUUGAUUGGUGCAAAUGGGUUCCGUUGAAGUGUAAUAUUUUUAUUUGGAGGAUAGAGAUAAACCGUAUCCCAACGUAUGAUGCUUUAUUUUCAAGGGGUAUUGUCCAUCAAGUUGGGGCCUGCCCUCUUUGUGGCGAUGAAGACGAAUCUGUUAGCCAUCUAUUAAUCUCUUGUCGAAUCGCGUCCAUUCUACGGUAG